AUGGCAGCGGCCCGAGACUACCUGGUGACAAUUGAGGAGAAAAGCAAAGCAACUUUCCUGAGAGCAUAUACAAACUGGAGAUGCAUGUCUGCAGGGAGUUCUCGCGUUUGUGUUCGGAUGGUUGGUCACAAGAUGGAAGAGUCAUACAGCGAAACCUUAAAAGAACAGAUGUCAAUUGUGGAAAUGCCACUUUCAGAUCCUCCCCUGUGCGUUUCAUGUUGUCCUGUAAAUGGAGAUCUUCUUGUGGGCUGCAAAAAUAAACUGGUCAUGUUCUGUUUGAAAUAUCUGGUCAUCAACCAGAAUUUGACUGUGUUAGAUUUUGAACGCUCCUUAAUUUUGCAUACUGAUAAUCUCAUUCCCACUGAAGUUGCAUUUUGUGCCAGACAUAUAGUUGUAACGACAGAGCUGGAGGUUCUGAUCCUGAAACUGGAACUGGUCCAUCAGAGUGCAGACCGGACAGAGCAGUGUGCACACAGAGGUAGUAUGCUAGAAAAGCCUGAGGAUGGAGGUGUAAAAGAUGAAGGCCCUUCAAUGCCUACUUUGCAGCUUGAAUUAGAUGAGUUCAUCAUAUGUCAGAAGCCAUUGGAACUGCUUGGGGAAGAAAGCAAGCUGUGUGAGAUACCCAUCACACUGGAAUCCACAGAGUUACCUACAGAAGACACAAAGCGCUUCCAAGUGCAGUAUCUGCUUUUCAGACGUUUUACACCUGACCAGUCGCCUUUUGGAUUUUGUGAAGAGACGAAGUUGCACUCUGUUCAGCUGCUUCCUAUAUACCAGACAGGAAGUUCUGUGACAGACCAUGAGGAAACUGAGAACAAGAGAGAACUACUGAGUCUCUUUUGCUUUUUCUCUUUACCUCAUGUUGGAUAUCUCUACUCUGUUGGAAAUUUAGUAGAACUGAUUUCUACUUACCAGUAUUCAGAGAAGUCAGAGCAGGCAGUUCUCACUCCACAGUUCCUGCACGUCAUUACAAGUGAGAACCUGCAGUGUUUCACAGUGCGGUGCAGUGCAGCAGCAGCUCGUGAUGAGGAUCCAUAUAUUGAUACGACUGUGAAGGCUUGUCCACCUGUUGCACUGGAUGUCUGCACGUUAAGAAUGCAGCUUUUUAUAGGACCAAGAGCUAUCUGUCAUUUCAAAAACCAUAUAAUUCUUUUGACUAAGGCAGACACGGAAGAUAUUACUGAAAGAAGAAAGCCUACAAGAAGAAUGCUUUCCAGAAAGGCUGACAGCAUCAAAUCCAGAACAAAUUCUGAGUCAGAGCCUGGUUGGAAUUUAUAUAUUAUAAACACUGUUUCAACUAUUCAGCUUUACAGAGAAAUGGUAGAUUAUAGUAGAAUUUACGAAAAUGUAAAAACUGAGAGUUGCAUCCAUCUUUUAAGUGAGGCUCACUUACUGAUCAGAGCAGCCAUAAUGGACCCUCAUUUCCUUAAAUCAGAUGAGAAAGAAGAACUUCUAAAAGCAUUCAGAGAAAGUUGUGCCUUCUUAGGAGACUGCUAUAGCAGGUUUGACACAAAGGAUUACCACCUUGCUUUGCCAUACUACAGAAUGUCAGGUUUAUCAGUGACUGAAGUUUUAAAGAGACUAGUUUCAGAAGGUGAUGAAAUACAGACAUAUGAGAGAGGAUUUAUAUUUUACUUAACUCAUUCUCUUAAUGAAGACUUAAAUGAAGAAUUAAAUAAGGAAUCAGCAAAUAAAGUUCUCCAGAUAUUCUGUCUUGCUGACCCUGUGCAGCUGCCUCAUAUCCUCUGCAGCCCCUGUAUGAGAAAUGUAUGUCCUCUGACAGCAGUGGAGUAUCUUCAGAAAGUAGAAAAGAUUAUGCCAUCAGUGGUCGUGACGCUUACUAAGGCUUUCAUGGCUCUCAAAAUGGGAGACAUGAUGAUGUAUGAACACGAGAUGGGCUCCUAUAAGGAGACAGCACUGGUUUGUGGCUUCACUGGGCAACCAAAACUCUUGAGACAGCAUAAGGAAGGAAUUGUCGUGCCAACUGAGUUUGCUGUUCACCUGAAGGAGAUGCAGCCUGGUUUACUGGUGGCUGCCACUGUGGCUUUACAUGAGAACAGUAAAAUUGAACUAGAAGAAGCAGAUACCUUUUUCAAGAUAUUGUGUGGUAACAGUGAAAACACUAUUCCUCAGCUCUUGGUGGAUUUCUGGGAAGCUCUUCUUGUAGUGUGCUCUCAGGAAGAAAUAUUUCAGGAGCUUUUACUGAGGGUUACUUCUCAGUAUGUUUGGAGAAUAUCAAAGAAGCAACUUCCUGAGACUAAGCCACUGAAAACAACAGAGGAUCUGAUAAACUCCUGUAAUCAUUUUGGCUUGAUUUUCCCAUGGGUAACUUCCAUAAUGUUAAUGGGAUCUCCAUCUGAUGAAGAUUACCAUGAAGAUAUCUCAAAACUACAGUCCCUUUUGUGUAGUCAGUCAGUCAAUAUAGCUCCAGCUCUGCCUGUCUUGGAGCCUCUGACAGAGGCUGGCAACGUCGGCCUCACCAUCCACGUUCUCUGCAGUACCCGUCUAGGCCGGUAUGAGGAAGCCCUCGACCAGCUCCUCAGAAGGUGUCCUGCUGCAGCUGUGUUAUACGCUCAGCACGAGCUGAAAGGUGACAAUCAGGCUAUGUGGUGGAACAAGCUGCUUCCUGAACUUUGUGAGAGAACCAGGCUUACUGGCAAUGACUGCCCUGUUCUAGUUUCAUCACUGAAAGAAACUUUAUCAGUUGUUGCAAUGGAACUGGAACUAAGGGAUUUCCUCAGUCUUCUACCAGAGGAUGGAACUGCAGCAUUUUUCCUGCCACAUCUUCUUCACUGCAGCCAGAGGAGGCUGCUGACCUAAAACAGUGGGAGUCUGCUACGCACCAAAGUUCAGAGAAUGUGCUGGAAUACAGGAGUAAAUACAACAAACAGUAGAGCUACAUACAAGGUACUGUGGGACUCCCCUGACAUAAAUCACCUUAUUUCUCAGUUGAAACCUCGUGACAACUAUUAAAUGAGAGCUGUUGUCCGAGGCAGAGCAUCUCUUUUGAAGCCAGUACUAUUGCACCCUGAAGAAGGUCAGCAGACCAGAACUCCUGCCAGGUAGAAAUGAGUGGUGUUGCCACCACUCCCACCACAGCUCUAAGCUGUCAGGCAGCAUCAUUCACCUUCUCACUGGGGGUGAACUUAUGGCCCAAGCAGCUCGAAAAUACAGACUAUGUAGUACAAUGGGAGGUACAGUGUUCACUGAAAGUAAAGCAGGGAGUCAGUCUUAAUUCUGUGUGUGUUGGAUCACUGACCUGGGGAGGAGUUUGAGCUCAGGCGUAUGUCUAACUGGGUAGAAGCAAGUGCCUUCCCCUUCCAAGUGGAAUUGGGCCCCACUUAAUUUUGCAACACAGACAUUCCCUUGAAUUCCAGCUGGCAAAGCCAGUCAGCUGCUCUGUCAUCUCAGCUGCAUAGCCAUGCAAGUGUUAAAUGUUUUCAUUCAGCAAUUCGCUAAAAAAGGCCAUAAAUAAGAAAGAAAGAGACGUGUUCCCAAGGGGAGUGGAAGAUGUGGACUACUGCUUGCUUGCUCUUUUUUUUUUUUUUUUUUUUUUUUCUUCUCCUGUUGUACUCAGUCAGUAGAGAAGUAUUUGAAAUAUCUUCUAGGUUUUUUGGUAAGCAUCUCAGGUACUUGUGCGUAUAUGUACUGGUUUGCCUUUCUUUUGGGCAGAAAACAUCCUUUUGUUCCUUCAGCUGGAAUUCAAUCAUAAUAAACUGUCACAAUGUUUAUGGCUUUCUUAUGAAUGCAGUUUGGGUUUUUUUGAGAAUCUACCACAAAUAAAUCAAUGAGUCCACAAUCCCAUGACCGUCUAAAGGCCUAAUUAGCUGAUGUUGACUCUAUCAAAUCAAUUUUCCCUGAAGCUGUAAUGGUACUUAAACCUGUAGAAGUCAGUCAGAAGAGGUCAUCUACAUUGCAAAUAAAGUAUAUUUUUAAACUAUUUUUAAACUUAUCUGUGUAGCAUUCCUGUUACAGCCAAAAUCAACAAUCUAAUUUACUAGUAGGGAUUAUGCUGGUUUCAGUAGAAUCUUUCUACCUUAAGAAAGGCCAAAGUAGUUUAGUCUUGUGACAGAGAAGCAAUUUCCUUUGUUCUGGCAGUUGUAAAGCCCAGGUGUUCUGCUUUGCCUGCCAGUCCCAUACAUCCUUCCUUUGUGUUUGACAGAGGUCCAACGUAUGUGGAGUUGGGUUGUUAAAACACGAUGGCACGUGGAUGGCACCUGCUCUUACCGCUUUCAUUUUUGACCAGCAUCAGUUGUGCUCUAAUACUGCUGCUUCCAUCUGUCAAGAAAUGCUUAAUAUCUUCAUUAGUCUUAAUGCUAGGUCUUAACUGCACAACUAACAUCAAAAUGAUUCUACUGCAGGAGUUGUUUAAGAUUCAUGAGAGCAAAGCUCUUUCUUAGGUAGUCACCAAAUUUUGCCCUUUACUGUCUGAGUGUCAUCAGGCUUAUUUCAGCAUAACUUUGUCUUGCAAUUAUUUUCAUAACAGAAAAACAAAAACGUCUUGUGCAACUAUGAUCCCUCAGCCAUUGCAUCUUUUAAAUUCACUAUCUUGAAAGAUGCUACUGGAUAAAAUCAUAAAAUAAUUGCAACAGAAUUAAUAGAACUAUUUUGUUAGCUGUUCAGUUAUGACUUUAUAUAUAUUUUAAAUAUGAACCUAUGUAAAAAGUAAUAACCAAAUUCCUGUUUCCCAAGCAAUAACUAAAGUAAAAUGCGAUAGCAGAUACCUAAAACAAAUUUUGCUGUUACGCAGUGUUAUUUACAAAUUU